AUGGCCUUUGAGGAUGUGGCUGUGUACUUCUCCCAGGAGGAGUGGGAGCUCCUGGACGCAGCCCAGAGGGCCUUGUACUGCCAUGUGAUGCUAGAGAACUUCGCACUUGUGGCCUCACUGGGGCUUUGUCCCAUGUCAGGCGCGCAGGGGUGCUGCGGGACUGCACUUCCCAGCGCUGCGCGAACACGCCUGGCCUUUGCCACCGACGUGCGAAAGGGCGCCGCCCAGCAGGCUGCAGAGCGGGCGGGAACUACGCUUCCCAGAAGGCGCCGCGCGUGCGUCCGCAGCGUGCACUGGGCCAAUGAGGGCUUGCGGGGGCUGGACUUCCGGCGUCCGGGGACUGUCACUUUGCUGCGGAGCGUGGGGGCCACACCGGUGUUGGCGACUGCAGAGCGGUGGGCCCGGGCCUGUUUCCAGGAGGCUUGGAGACCCGAAGCGAGGGGCGCGACGAGUGCGCGAGCGGAGGGCCGCUAG